GCAUUGUGGGGCGUGUUUACUUUACAAACUGGAAACGCAGCUUGGGUAGCCGGUACUCAGAUCUGGUGUAGAAGAUGUAAUUGUUUGUACUAGAAUACGUUUUGUGUAAAACUGAAAUGGAAAUCCACAUACUGACUAUAUUAAUGCUUUUCGGUGUCAUGGCUGCCGCUGUCAGCGAUGGUGGUGAGAUGACCUUAGUUCAGGAGUUGUCCUCCAAUCCGGCCCAGAAACUGUCUAGAUACGGUUGGUAUGGCAACGUCAGACUGGCCAUGUUUCGAAUCCCAGAUAACACUGUCACUGCCCGCUGGCUUUUCACUGUAACCAGGGGCAAUGAAUUCCAUUGUGGAACACUUAAUGUCACCAUGUACAUGCGUUGGGGAGCCCCUCCAGUCAUCAAUCCAGUUGGACGAGUGUUUCCUAACAACACAAUGACAUCACCAGUCCUCACCCUCAACCUCCCCAUGACAUCACCACAAAGCAACACAACCUUUAACCUUUCUAACCCCGCCCCCGGAGACUGGUAUCUAGCUGUUCACCUGCCCCAAGAUGACGGACGCAUCCAACACAAGGGUUUCCCAUCCUGCACCUACUCCUUCCAACCCCAGCUGUCAAUCAGGAGAGCAGUGGACACAACCAUACUCCAGGCCACACCCCUAACCCAGUUUGCUGCUCCUGGCAGACCUGCUCUGCUCCGGGUAUUUAUUCCAGAGUUUGUGUCGUCUCUCUCCGUGUCUGUAAGUGGCUGUUCCUGGGGGGAGGGGCUUGUGAAUGGGGACUGUUUACUGGUUCUUAUACUGGGCUCCUCCUCCUUGGAGGAGGGGCUAGUGACAGUGAACUGUUCUCUGACUGGCUGUUCGGGCAUUCUCCUUGCACCACCAUGGAAUACCUGGAUGCGUGUCACUGUUGAGAGUUACCAUAGCAACCGAACUACGAACUUUAGCAUCUCAGCCAACUACACAGUGGGCUGGAAGCCUCAGAAUGUAGGUCUCUCCAGUGGCGACAACGUCAACAGUCUCCAUGGCUCGGCAACAUCAACAGGCAACACUUCAGUGGUUGUCAAUCCAGGUCUCCAUCACGUGUCCUCAGGGUGUGUGUGGAAUGUUCCGGUGCUCCGUGACGAACUGGAUGUUCUGUCUGUCAGGUUCUCUCCUGCUAAUGGACCAAACGUGACUGUGACAUCAACUCAGCCCACACUGCUCACCUACUCACUGGACACGCACUCUGCUGGGGGAACUCUGAACCUGCAGCUCCUACUGAACACUGCUAAUGUAACAAUGGGAAACAGCAGUGUGUCAGCCUGUCUUUCUCCUUGGGCUCCUGUUCUCAACCACACACAGCCUUGUCACACAGCAUUGUUCCCAGGAUAUGAGUUGACUGUGAGUGCUGAUGUUCCUCGGAGCCUCAUCAGAGUGCCCUUUCCACAAGCAGCUACCUGGUACUUGGUCUUGCAACUUACAUGUUACAGUGAGUGUGGUAAUGCUACCAUAGUGACUGUAACCCCAGAGCUCUAUGUCUCUGCCUGCAUUGAGGACUGUGGAAUAUAUGGGGAGUGUCGCCUGUUGAGGUCGUACAGCUUCCUCUACGCUGCAUGUGUCUGCAAGGCUGGUUGGAGUGGGUGGGGCUGUACUGAUGACAUCACGGCUCAAUCAUACAGUCGCCAGCUGACCGCAGUGCUGCUUCUCACUAUCAGCAACCUGUUCUUCAUCCCGCCCAUCGUUAUCGCUGUCCGACGCCUUUACAUCACAGAGGCCUCUGUCUACCUUUUCACCAUGUUCUUCUCAACAUUUUAUCAUGCGUGUGACCAGCCAGGUGUGUCUGCGAUGUGUAUCAUGGAUUAUGACACUCUUCAGUUCUGUGACUUCCUGGGAUCAGUCUCAUCCAUCUGGGUGACUGUGCUCUGCAUGGCCCGCAUCACGGACACACUCAAACAUAUGUUGUUCAUGCUAGGUAGUCUGCUGAUUGCCAUGUCUAUGCAGCUGGACCGGAGGGGACUGUGGAACAUGCUGGGACCCAUUCUUUUUGCUGUCCUGGUCAUGGGGACCACCUGGGUGUAUCGGGGUGUUAAGAGGAGACGGUGUUACCCCCCCUCCUGGCGCCGUUGGGUGCUGUUCCUCCUGCCUGGCCUGGCCUGUGUGCUGGUAGGUGUGUGUCUAUAUGUGUUUGCUGAGACGGAGGACAACUACCUGUACACCCACUCUCUCUGGCACGUCCUGGUGGCCUCCAGUGUGGUCUUCCUGUUACCGCCCAGGGGGAGGGACAACACCAGACUGCGGGGGUGGGGCUGGCUCUGGGACCGGAGCCCUCAGAUCUGUGGUUACACACUCUGCCACAGCACCAAGGAAGAACUUUAUACUGUCACCUGAACCCUCUCAGCUCUAACCCCUGACCUGUGGGUACCAGCUUUUUCAAAGCACCAACUAUACACUGGCACAUACUAUAUCUGUCUUCUAUUUCUUGUCCAGAUAAUAGUUUUUUAAGAAGAUUUUAUUGAAGAUAGUUGACCUGUACAUGUUAAUCAUCUAGCAGAGUCCUAAUGACAUGACUGCAUGUUUACCCAUUAUGCCUUACUCCUUACCCCCUCAUACCUCAGUGAAUUGGUUCCUUCCCCUAGAUCACCAGUUAACCCACUAAAUGAACCUGUUCCAAUUUAUGUUCCCUCUAUUUCUUCCUCCCUUCUUGAAGCCCUACCAUAGAUCUUCAACCCUCUCCUGGGGAUCCCUCAGCUAUUCCAUUUAUUUGACAUAUCCCAGAGCUAGCACACCUGAAUCAACUUAUUAACUAAUUAACAAGCCUUUACUUGUUGAAUCAGGUGAGCUAGUUCAGGGCUAAAACUAAAAUGUGAGGUGGCAGAGGGGUCUCCAGGAGAGGGUUGAAGAUCUAUAAUCCAAUAUUUUUCUACUCCAGGAGUAGGUGUAAUUUCUGUUUUUGAUAUAUGCUUUGUUGUGUGGGUUUAUAAGAGUUAAAAAGAGAUUUCUGUUCCUGCAUGAAACUAAUAACAACAAAGACAUUCUUAAGCAGUGCUUGGUAAAAUAUAUUAACAUUUAUUUAAAUUGUCAUAAUUUUCCUAGUUUAUUUUAAAAUAAUUAGCUCCAAUUCUAGAAAUGUAAUUAUCUUAAUUGUCUUGGGUUCUUUAAAAAAAUUGCUAUAAGUAAUAUGGAAAUUAAAUUCUCAAUUGUCCUAGGUUCUUGUAAAAUCAGCUCUUGAGUAUUUUCUCAAGAAAAUACCAGAACCAUAUUGGACAGAAUGGACCUUCUAUGAUGUUCUAUGAUUAAUACUUGAGUAUUAAUUUGAUGUUUCAGAUAAGCUCAUUAUGUUAAUACGAUGUUUUGAUUGAAUAAGCACAUUUAAUUAGAUUUUUCUAACAUGUUAAUUUGCACAUUUAUGGUAAAGGGUUGGGGUCACUUAUGGUUAGGGUCAUGUAUUUUAGGUAUGAACAGCAGAUCAGCCAUCUGAAAAGUCCCAUCUUGCAAACAGAGUGCCAACCUAUUUAACCUUAUUGAAAAAGACAGAACAGUGUGUCCCUUUCCCCAAUGUCCUUCUACACACCUGAAUUUUAUUUUGAUUUGGAUUGAAAAAGACAGAACAGUGCGUUCACCAACAUUCAGACAGGGUGGACUAACUCAUAUUUUAAGGAAAAGUGUGUUUUCAAGGACCUUGGCCAUUUUUGAUUGGGUUUCUUCCCGUUAAAUUAUCAUAGCAGUUUUUUUUGGUAAUGUAAAGGGGACCUUCACCUCUGACCCUUUCCCUCUGCACUAAUACUCUAGUAGACCUAAUCCCAAAUGUACCCCUAAACUGGGAGACCUAAUC